UCACGUCCGCACUUGAACUUGCAGCUCAGGGGGGCUUUUGCCAUUUUUUCAUCUCUCUCCCUCGCUCUCUUUUAAAAAAAGCCAUGACGGCGAUCCCACAAUCCAUCUUCCCUGCGCCAUCGUUGUAUUAUUUCUAAUUUAUUUUGGAUGUCAAAGGCAUUGAUGAAGAUAUUUUCUCUGGAGUCUCCCUUCUAACCCGGCUCUCCCGAUGUGAACCGAGCUGAACGCUGCCACCAGCCACCAUGUCUCGCCGCAAGCAAGGCAAACCCCAGCACUUAAGCAAACGGGAUUUUUCGCCCGAGCCCCUGUCUGCCAUCGUCUCGGAGGAGCUCUCGUCGGAACGCUGCUCGCAACGCUCUGACCGUUCCGAGAAUGGCACGGGCACACUGCGGGUUGCCGUGGAGACGGAGCAUGACCUGUUGACCUGUGGUCAGUGCCAGGCCACCUUCCCCCUGGGGGACAUCUUGCUCUUCAUUGAGCACAAGAGGAAGAGAUGUCAUGGACCCCCCUGUCUGGCCAGGGGCCUAGACAAGCCCCCCUCCCCGUCACCAGGCCUGGCCCUCACUCCCUCGCCCUUCCUGGCCUCACUCCGCACGCGCCCCGUGGAGGUGGGCGUCCAAGCCACGCCGGGGGCCGAUGACGACCGCUUCUCGUUGCCCAGAGGGAUCUGCCCCAAGCAGGAACACAUCCCAGGUAAGGAAGAGCCCAGUACCUACACCUGCACCACCUGUAAACAGGCCUACGGCAGCGCCUGGUUCCUGCUCCAGCACGCCCAGAAUACCCAUGGCUUCCGCAUCUACUUGGAGAGCGAACACGGCCAUGGCAGCCCCCUCAUCCCCCGCAUGGGCAGACCCUCCUCCCUAGGCGGGGGUGCAGACUGCCCCUCACAGCCCUCCCUCCACGGCCUCCACCUGCCCUCCGAGGCCAGCCCCUUCAGCCUCCUCCGCAUCCCAGGAUCAGGCUCGGGGGGCCGGGACGGAGGGGGUGGACAGCAGCGUUUCCCCCCGACGCCGCCGCUCUUCAGCCCCCCUCCGCGCCACCACCUGGACCCCCACCACCUGAGCCCAGAGGAGUUGGCGCUCGCAGCCCACCAUCCGAGUGCCUUCGACAGGGUGCUGCGCCUCAACCCUCCCAUGCCCCUGGACCCACCAUCGGCCAUGGACUUCUCCCGUCGGCUGAGGGAGCUGGCGGGCAACACCUCAGGGUCUACUCCCCCCCACUCUCCACACCGGCCCAGCCCUAUGCAACGGCUGCUCCAACCAUUCCAGUCCGGUGGAGGAGGUGGAGGAUGUGGCGGUGGGGGCAAGCCUCCCUACCUGUCCACCCCCCCUCCCCUUCCUCCCUCCAUGCAGUCCCCUUCGGGUUCCCAUACCACCCCCAGCACCCCGCUGCCCUCCUCGGGCCCCCAGCCUUCCACUCCUCUGAAGACCAAGUCGUGCGAGUUCUGCGGCAAGAGCUUCAAGUUCCAGAGUAAUCUCAUUGUGCACCGGCGCAGCCACACGGGCGAGAAGCCCUACAAGUGCAGUCUGUGUGACCACGCCUGCACCCAGGCCAGCAAACUCAAGCGCCACAUGAAGACACAUAUGCACAAGUCGGGCUCGCCCAACGCCGAAAAGUCAGAAGAUGGGCUCUCUGCAGCCUCCUCACCCGAGCCGGGCACCAGCGAGCGAAUGGGCAGUGCCAGCAGCGCCCUCAAGUCAGUGGUGGCCAAGCUUAAGAGUGAGAACAACCGCCUGCGCCGGGAGAAUGGUGAGGAGGAGGAGGAAGAAGAGGAGGAGGAGGAAGAGGAGGAAGAAGAAGAAGAGGGGGAAGAGGAGGAAGAGGAGGGGGAGGAGGAGGAAGAAGAGAAAGUGGAUGGAGCUAGGAGGAACAACAACAGCUACCACUUCAGCUUGAGUCUGGAGGCAGCGCGGCACCAUGAGAACAACGGCAGCAUUGGGAACGGGGAGGUUGUGGGUCGUCUGGUAGGAGGAGAGGAGGGUUCCAUCCCUCGCUCGCUACCUGAGGUGAUGCAGGGCAUGGGGUUGGCGGCCAGCAUGCAGCACUUCAGCGAAGCCUUUCACACACACAAGCGCAGCGCGCUGGGCCAAGAAAACCACACACACCACCACCAAAACCGCGAGCACACACAACGGCAGAUGUGUGACAAGGAUUCAGCGCUGGAGUCGGGCCGCGGCGAGGGGGGCUGCAUAUCGGCUGUGGCCAUCAACGGGCGCGGCACAUCCCCCAGCGAAGCUGCCUCGGUGGGACUCUCCAAGAAGCUGCUCCUGGGCAGCCCCAGCCCCCUCAGCCCCUUCUCCAAACGCAUCAAGCUGGAGAAGGAGUUUGACCUGCCUACACCCACCAUCCCCAACACAGAAAACGUCUACUCCCAGUGGCUGGCCGGAUACGCUGCCUCCCGACAAUUCAAGGACCCCUUUCUGAACUUCCCGGGGGACUCCAGACAAUCGCCCUUUGCCUCUUCUCCCUCAGAGCACUCGUCGGAGAAUGGCAGCCUGCGCUUCUCCACCCCUCCUGGGGAACUGGAUGGGGGGGUGUCGGGCCGCAGCGGGACGGGGAGCGGGGGGAGCACGCCCCACCUUGGGGCUCCGCUGACUCGACCUGGCUCCAAGGACAGCAGCCGCCGCAGCGACACCUGUGAGUACUGUGGCAAAAUUUUUAAGAACUGCAGCAACCUGACGGUGCACCGGCGCAGCCACACGGGAGAGAGGCCCUACAAGUGUGGGCUGUGCAACUACGCCUGCGCCCAGAGCAGCAAGCUCACACGCCACAUGAAGACACACGGGCAGAUCGGCAAGGACGUGUUCAAGUGUGAGAUCUGUCAGAUGCCCUUCAGCGUGUACAGUACCUUGGAGAAACACAUGAAAAAAUGGCACAGUGACCGCCCCUUGAGUGCCGAAAUUAAGUCGGAGUAGUGGGGGUUUCAUCAGCCCUCCCUCCCUCCCCAGUCCCCUGUACAUUCUCCCUUCUUCUUUCACCAGUCCGGUGGAAGCUAAGACAACGUGCUCUGGACCAGCACACCCCGUUUCCAUUACUCCUUGAAUGCAUGAUCUGUAUCGGGGCAAUACUAUUGCAUUGACGCAAAACUUCGAGCCUUUCUCUUGUGCAAUAAUUUACAUGUUGUGUACUUAUUUUCUUUUUCGAUUAUCCUUUCCCAUUUUUGAUAAUUAGACAGCAUGCAUGGUAUGUUUUGGCUAAUUAAAAAAAAAAUGAAAUUGUC